CCAGAGAUCUUUUUGACACUGUCACGGACGAAGCGUAAUGUGUCGUAAUGCGAUCGUAGUGUAAAAAUUUAUAUCAUUUCGGCAUUGGUGUCAAUACGUCGAUUACGUAACUCAGAUUGACGUAAUGUCAAUUACAAAAACGUCAUAAUGUUUCGAAUGCGAGUGAAUAAGACCCUUAUAUUUCUUCCUCGUCGGAAAUGAGCAGAAUAAGUGAGCAGAAUAGUAUAAACAUACAAAUGACAGAGGGUAAGAACACCGAGACGAUGUCGUUCUGCGUGGACAUUGUCACCGAGGAUUCCUUCUACGAGAAUCUGACCCUCGGCGUGGUCAAGAUCCUCGAGAACUCGCCAUGCGUGAGAAACGUGCGGGUCGAGAGGCGAAACGGCUGCGAAUUCGGUGCCAUCACCAACUGGGAGCAACGCCAUUGCUGCGCGCUUCCUGAGGAUAUCCGGAAUUUUUACGCCUCCAUCGAUGGUUUCCUGCUGCAGUGGAAUCUUGAUAUAGCAGGCGAGGAAUUCGCAGUAGGUCGUAUGGAGAUCGGUGGUCUUUCGUCGCUGAAGAGAUAUGUCGGCAAGGAUCGGCAGGCGGGAUCGUCGACGCAGGACUCGUCAGGAAUCCAAGCGGGGAACGUCACCGCAGAGUCGCAGGAUACCAUGUUUGCCGGGGACUCGCGCGACUGCAAGCUCUUCGAGAUCGGUCAGUGCUUUCCAGGCCCCGAAAACGGUAGGAUCUAUUUGGCAUAUCGCUCUAAACAGGAACAGGAUUCGCCGAGUAUCUGGCUCCAUCGCGGCAGCGGCUGGUACAAUCUGGCUGACAAUUUUACCACAUACUUCCGUAUGAUGCUGGUCCAUCUGGGCCUGCCGCUGUGGCAGUGUUGCGUCGUCGGCUUAGCUCUGCCUACCUGGGUCGAGCAAGCGUAUUUUCUGAUCGGGCCUCAUCUACUACCGUCCACCGUCGAGCCUACCGAGUCCGUGUCUGCUUCAUUGUGGAACAACGGACCCAUUAAUGUUCUUGAUCCAGGUAUCUUCAAGGCCAAGGACAGUAAGCAGAGGAACGCUCGUAAAAAGUGAGCUUGUUUCACUAAUGGCACUUGAAACUUUGAACAAAAGCAGGGUUCCGCUCAAAAUCAAGCUGACAAUAAGAGAAAUUUGUAAUUUUUAUGGCCUUUGUAGAUUCCCAGCAGAUACCGCAACACAGUAGAGUGCUCUUCCCUCUAUUUUGUCAUUACGUAUAUGAAUGUAUGUGAUAUGUUAGUACGAGUACAUAUCAAACAGUGAGAAAUGGAUUUUCUCGACAUGUAUCCAGCUGUGUAUAACACAAUAAAUAAUCAAGCGUUCUAGAGCUAAUAAACUAUAAA